CCAACCUUACCUCUUUCCGCCUCGGAUAAAAAUCAGGAAGAUCUAGACCGCCAUUGGAGAUUUUUUCGAAACGGGCAUUCUUCCCAGUCAAUGGGAGGCUGAAUUCCUCCUUGACAGCUGAGAGACUUUCCUUACCCAUUUUUCCCCCUUCUUAGAAGAAGAGGAGUGACGUCACGGACGUUGUGAAAGGGAAGGCUAUAGGGCGUGGCUAUAGGGAUGGAACGCCGCCGAGGAGAGCGCGAACGUUCGGAAGGGGCGUGGCUGGACCCUUGAGUAGCCAAUGAGAGUGUCGCGACGUUCUCAGCGCGGGAAUUGAGUCGGAUUUUUUUUUUCUGUGUGCAGACAGGGGAAGAAAUGGAGCGAGAGGCGAUCCAGCGUUUGGCCUCCAAGAUGGGCGUCACUGCUCCCGCGGUUAUCAGGAAAGCCGAAGAAUACCUGCGCCUCUCCCAGGUGAAAUGCGGCCCUUUGCUGGCCCAGGUGUCCGCCACGAGUCGCGCCGUCAUCUGCCUGGACUUGGCUGCUGCCUUCACAAAGAACCCUGUGGACAAGAGCUAUGUGGUGACCCUCUCUGGCCUGAACAAGGCCACGUACCAGAGCUCCUUGAGGUCCUUUGAAAGCCUCCUUGGCCUGCGUUCCAACCUCAGCCUCCGGGAUUUGGCCGUUCAGUUCUGCUGCCUGGAGGCAGUGAAUCUGGCGUUGAAAAUACUGAAAAGAUAUGAAUCCAGCUUACCAGAAGCUCAGCAGAUGGAUCUUGAUUUGUCCAAACCCUUAUUCACAACUGCAGCAUUGUUCACUGCUUGCAGAUGUUUGAAACUUAAAGUGGAUAAGAGCAAGAUGGUGGCCGCCUCUGGUGUGAAGAAGGCCAUUUUUGAUCGUCUCCAUUGCCAGCUGGAGAAGAUUGGCCAGCAAGUCAGCCGAGAGAGCGACCAGUUGAUGGCAGAGGCCCCCAAAACCCAGAAGACCUUCCUUGACUGCCUUGGAAAAGGGAAAGGUGGAGAUGCAUCAAGAUAUGAGUGAGAACACCGGCCAAAUACGCCUAUGGUGACAUCUCCAGAGGCUUAAAAGAUAAUAUUUUCUCCGCUGACGAAGGCUUCCUUCCAAUGAAGCGAGGAACAGGGGAGAAUAUCUCCACAACCAUCUCUCACAGACUAGGAUACAUAUAAAUAUACAAUAACACAUUGCUAGGACUUCAAUAGCACUUUGUAGAUCUUCCUGGCAUAUUACUGAGCUAAUUGUUUUGGAUACGGGGGAAAUGCUCCAUCAAGAGAAAUGUCAUGGACAAAAUAUUCUGCUUUGAAUUUCCCUCUGACCUCACAUUCUACAAUCCCAUUCCAAUCAUGUGUCCAGUUGAGUUAGAGGAAUUUUCAUGCCUUGGAUGAAAUGGGAUCCAAUAAAAAAAGCAUUGGAAAUAAUACACGUUAAGUCUUUACAGCAGCACAGAGUCUUCAUCAUUUUAACACAAUCGGGAAGCUAAAGAUGCGAAACAUAGGCAAAUGUUGCACUUAGAUUUACCCCACACUCCAAAGCAUCUCAUUAUGUAUAUGUAAGUAUUCCAAGGUCCAAAAGAACGUCCAAAAUACAAAACAUUUAUGGUUCUAGGAAUUUCGGAUAAUGGAUUACCAACUACUUACCAAUGACCACCUCCUCUGCUUUGCCAGGCACUUGCAAUGAGGCAUUUUCCGACGGUGUCUCGGCCCCUUGACUGGAUCUGCUCUCCCGUCUCCUUAACGCCAGGCUCCUCAAUUCCACGUUUUCUGGCUUGACAUCUUUCCCAGAGUCUUUCAUUCCUGUUGUUGUUUCCUCAGGGCUUUGCACUGGGCUUCCUGGAUCUUUCCCUGGGUCUUUUGCAACAGAAACUAGGCAUGGCACAGCCUUGCAUUGACUCUCUGUGUUUUCUUCAGUCUUUGGAGAUGGCGCUGAUGGUAGGACCUGAGGUUUGGGUGUCUGUUUUUCCCCUGGCUUAGUAAAAGGCUUCCGUCCUUUUAGUUCCUGUGUGGGUUCAGUCCUGCUGCCCUUAGAAAGCUGCUUUGCUUUACAAGGUUCGGGCAAAUGUUUUGCUCCUUCACCAACUGGAAGUGAAGGAACAACGGCUGAUGACUCUGUACUCUUGCCUCCGGGGCUGCUGGUGGCUCCUUCUUUGCUUUUUGAAGACUUGCUUUGAGCGUCGGUCAUUUGGACAUUAAUCGAAAGCCUGGAAAGAAAAUAUUUCUUUUUCAGACACUUCUUAAUGGCCUUGUUGCGUGUGCCUUCAAACUGUUUCCGAUUGAUGGUGACCUUCAGGCAAACCUAUCAUAGGGAUUUGUUGACAAGUUUUGUUCAGAGGCUUUUUGCCUCCCUCUGAGGCUGAGAGAAUGUGACUUGCCCACACCCAGUGGGUUUCAAUAGCCAAGUGGGGAUUUGAACCCUGGUCUCCAGGAUUGAGGCCCAACACUCAAACCAAUAUCCCACAUUAUACAUUAUAGCUGGCUCUAAUACAGAUGCUACCCUGCUGCCUGGAUAAUAAACCUGUGGGACUCCAGAUAUUGAUGAACUACUGUUCCCAUUAAACUUGUCAGAAGAGCUGAUGGGAAAUGAAGUCCAGGAGCAGUUGGAGGGAUACAUUCUCUCCAGCCCUUCCCUGUUAUUAUUCUGGUAUAUCUAUAUCUAUAUCUAUUAUGUAGACUUAGAAGGAAGGGAUACUGUUUUUCAGACUGAAAGCUGAAUUCACUGUAAUGUGGCUCUCAGAAGCCACAUGCCAAACUAAAUAUAAUUUGUCCUUUAUUCAAGAAACUAGACAGGUCUAAAGUAGAUGUGUGCACUGGAUUCCAUCUGAUUUUGGGAGCUAAGUCCUGCUUAAUACUUGGAUGGGAAGCAGCCAAAUGCUAGGUGCUGUGAACUAUACUUUACAGGUACUCUCCAUGCCUUAUCUAACUACAGAUCCCACAACAAGGACCCUAUAGCCACGAAAACAUUAUCAAACUGCUUUGCACAUCCUCAUAGGUGAUUUUAUCAAGUAUUUCCUUUGGACAGCAAGGCCAAGUAUCAUGUGUCACAUCACUUAUGAAACUGUACCUAGCCCGAGGGAUGGAGGAGCUGUUGUUCAAGGAAACACAAGUUCAGGAAACCAUUGGAAUGACAUAAACCAAGGGUGGGAACUAUAAGGUCUUCCAGAUGUUUCAGAACUUUUAAUCCCAGUAUUCCCCAUCUUUGGUUUAAACCUUUGGAAUCUGGAAGCUACAACUUUACAACAUCUGAAGGACCGUGUAAUUCCCAUCACAGCUUACAUGCUGACACAAAUGUUGGAAUUCAAAUCAGAUGCAAGACUUAGAUUUUGGAGAUGAGAAGGAUGGGAAGCUCCUCUUACUUCUUCUGAUUAUUUGUAAAGGAGGUGCUAUCAUAAAUGUAUAUCUGACCAAGCCAUUUGAGAGCCAAAGGGAGGCUUCAGUAAGGCAAUCUAGGUUUUCAGAAGUGGAAACACAUCGUUGGGUGAGACUGAAACAGCCCGGUGAUGACUGAGGGCCCUUCCACACAGCCAUAUAACCCAGAAUAUGAAGUCAGAUAAUCCACAAUAUCGGUUUUGAACUGGAUUAUCAGAGUCCACACUGCCACAGAAUCCAGUUUGAAUGCAUUGUCAUCCCGGAAGGCUGACUGUUGAACAACAAAAUGAAAGACCAAAAAGGAGUAACAAUGGGAUGAAGAGUUCUUGGAGAAGAGCAUUGAACAGGCGCCUUCAUCAUGUGGGCAUGAAGCUUUACCAGGAGAAGAAAAGUCAAACAGAAAGAGUGAAAUAUGUUUUCAAUAUGAGACUGAUUCACUCAUAAAAAUGAAACCAGCUAAAAAGUACCCAGAAAACUAUUAACUUCUGGAAUAUACUACUGGUUUUGAAAUGAAGUUAGCUAAGCUUGUGGAGCAGGUGGCAUCUACUCGGGCAUCAGCCUAUGAAAAAUGAACACAAAAUGAAUGCAACUCUCAGAAUACCCUUCACAGUAUGGUUGCCAUCCAAGUGUUAUUAGAUGUUGACUCCCAUCCCAUCCCCCAUUCGCCAUCACUACUGCUAAGUAGGACUAGUGUGCAUUGCAUUCCACCAGCCCCUGAAGUUCCUCAGGUGAACCCUUUUAGGGACUUCUGUGAAAAAUCAGGGUCACAAUGGUGGAGCGUAGGAUGUUGGAGCACACCUUUGAGAAGUUACUUUAGAGCAGUGGUUUUCAACCUGUAGGUCCCCAGGUGUUUUGGCCUACAACUCUACAACCGUUUAUCAGCUGUUAGGAUUUCUGGGAGUUGAAGGCCAAAACAUCUGGUGACCCACAGGUUGAGAACCACUGCUUUAGAGAACCUCAGCUCCCACACAUCCCCAAGCCUCAUGGCUCAUUGGAGUCACAAUUCCAAGAUCUGCUUCUAAGCCCUUCUCUUUUCAGUAUCCUAGAGUAGACAAUAGACGGGGCUGUUACCUUGUCCGCACAACAUCACUGCCAGACUUUGAGGCAGAAGGAUCAACUUCUUUCAUGGGAGAGCUGAGUCUGGAGGUGUUUUUCCCAAUUUCCUUGGGCUUCUGAGGAAGGUCUUCCAGGCCAGAGGAGGUUGUGUCCAUAUUCUGGUUUCCUGGGGGAUUUGCACUGCUUUUGCUAGAAACCAGUCCACUCUUCUGGACCACAGUCUUGAUGCCGCUUUCCUUUUGCUUUGGAGACACUUUGCUGCCCUUUGUCUGUCCAGGCAUUUCGGCUCUUUCCAGCUGGGCCAUCCUUUCCUUGACAUGGAGGCUGGAGUCAACUUUGGAAACGACAGAACUGGCUGAAUUCACCUUUUCACAUCCUUCAAUACAUUCAUCCAAUUUUUUCUCCCUUUUGUUUUCUAGGGAUAGAAAUAGAAUUCAUAACAUUAGAAGGAACCACUGAUACAUCAGGAAGCAAAUCCUGGGAAGGUUACUUUUUUUAACCCUGAAGCAAGCAUGUCCAAUAGUUCUGCUUCUUAGAGUUUUCUGGGAUUUGUAGUCCAAAAAGUAAAAAGUUCUGAUUUGAAAAAUAAAUUUAAAAAGAGAUACAGUAGAGUCUCACUUAUCCAAGCUCCACUUAUCCAAUGUUCUGUAUUAUCCAAGGCAGUCUGCCUUUUAGUAGUCAAUGUUUUUGUAGUAAAUGUUGCAAUGUUUUGAUGCUAAAUUCAUAAAUAGAGUAAUUACUAAAUAACAUUACUGUGUAUUAAACUGCUUUUUCUGUCAAUUUGUUGUAAAACAUUAUGUUUUGGUGCUUAAUUUGUAAAAUCAUAAUGUAAUUUUAUGUUUAAUAGGCUUUUUUUUGUCCCUCCUUAUUAUCCACCAUUUUUGAUUAUCCAAUGUUCUGCCAGCCCGUUUAUCUUGGAUAAGUGAGACUCUACUGUAUAUCUAAAUAUUCGUUGUGUUUAUUAACUCAUUUGUAUUUGUAUUUUCACCCCUUCUUUUCCUACAGUGAGUCAAGGCAAUGGACAUGGUUUUUCCUCUUCCCAGUUUGUCCUCAAUAACAAUCCUGUAAAGUAGAUCUGCCCAAGAAAUAUUAUUUUUGCCCUUCAAUGCUGUCAUUAUGCAAUCCUUGGAAGCAUUAUCUUUUUGGACAACAUAAUCAGUGGGUUGGGGAUUAUGAAAGGCAUAGUCAUCGCUUCACUUGAUUAUUGACAGCCAAAGGCGAAUAGUUUAACAAAAUAAACUUAAUUUAGAAGAUACAAUAACAUAACUAAAUUGUCACCUAAAACUUGUAGUAUGAAAGUGUAUCUGUUUCUAUUGUCUGAAACAGAGCUCAGAAAAUGAACUAAACUACCAAUGUGCAAUCAACUAUUAGAAUAAUAAAACGCUGCCACAACUUUGCAGAUUUCUUCAUCAGAAUAUAUGGGAAAGUACCUUCCAAGGAAGUCUUGCCUUCUGCCUGGAUCCCUUUGUUGGCAGGUGCAUGCUUCCCUUUGGCACCUUUCUCUUCUGGCUUAUCUUUAGUCUAAAAGGGGGAAAACAAAAGGGAAAUUAUUAGCAGUGGUUGAGCUACAAAUGUGAAUUCCUUUCCUCAUUCAUUUUCCUCGGAUCCAGAGAAUGGAUUGAGCAGUCAGCAAGCACAAAAGGGAAAUCCAGAUAGUUUGGCAAGGGGAGACGUUCUUGGUGGCCCACCAUUUAGAAAUAAAGAUCAUGGUUGAAAUCCCAUAUGUGGCUAUGUAGCAGAGUUUCUAAGAAAUCCUGUUAGUAGAUUGCAAAGAUAGAUAGAAGGGCCUCGGCAAGAAUGUCUCAAGGUGUUUUUUUUUGGUUCUGCUAGGAUUCAAUGCUCGAUUGAUGUGCAUUGGCUCCCCCUUAAGCACAUGUGUCAAACUCAGGGCCCGCAAGCCAAAUCUGGCCCUCUUCCAGAUGCUGAACUAUAGCUUCUGUAUUCCUCAUUAUUAGGCAUCAUGACUAGAGCUGAUGGGACUUGUGAUACAUACCCAGAAGGCUGCAGUAUGUUCUGUCGAGUCAGGAGAGUGGGGUUUGGAUUUAGAGACAAGGCUUAUGACUAUACUGUCUGACUUUAAAAUGCCCUUUAACCUUUUCCCAACCUCAGAGCCACAAGUGCUGUUGGGUUGCAAUUCCCAUUAUCUCCAUUCAGAUAGUCAUAUGUGCUUUUGGGUUGCAAUUCCCAUUAUCCCCAAUCAGACUGUUAUAUGUACUGUUGGGUUGCAAUUCCCAUUAUCUCCAAACAGAUAGUCAUAUGUGCUGUUGGGUUGCAAUUCCCAUUAUCCUCAGUCAGAUAGUCAUAUGUGCUGUUGGGUUGCAAUUCCCAUUGUCUCCAAUCAGAUAGUCAUAUGUGCUUUUGGGUUGCAAUUCCCAUUAUCCCCAAUCAGAUAGUCAUAUGUACUGUUGUGUUGCAAUUCCCAUUAUUCCCAAUCAGAUAGUCAUUUGUGCUGUUGUGUUGCAAUUCCCAUUAUCCCCAGUCAGACAGUCAUAUGUGCUGUUGGGUUGCAAUUCCCAUUAUCCCCAAUCAGAUAGUCAUAUGUGCUGCUGAGUUGCAAUUCCCAUUAUCCUCAAUCAGAUAGUCAUAUGUGCUGUUAGGUUGCAAUUCCCAUUAUUCCCAAUCAGAUAGUCAUAUGUGCUGUUGUGUUGCAAUUCCCAUUAUCGUCAGUCAGAUAGCAAUAUGUGCUAUUGGGUUGCAAUUCCCAUUAUCCCCAAUCAGAUAGUCAUAUGUACUGUUGUGUUGCAAUUCCCAUUAUUCCCAAUCAGAUAGUCAUAUGUGCUGUUGUGUUGCAAUUCCCAUUAUCCCCAGUCAGACAGUCAUAUGUGCUGUUGGGUUGCAAUUCCCAUUAUCCCCAGUCAGACAGUCAUAUGUGCUGUUGGGUUGCAAUUCCCAUUAUCCCCAGUCAGACAGUCAUAUGUGCUAGGAGACUCAGCCAAGGUCACCCAGUGGUUUCCAUGACUGAGCAGGGAAUCCCAAUUCUGGUCUCCAAAAUCUUAGUCCAACACUCACAUUGCUACACCAUGCUGUUCUCACAAGCUAUCAGAGCUUCAAAUAAAGGUCUAACUAUGGUGAGUAAGAUUGUUGAAUGUUGCAGUCCAACAAUAUAUGGAAGCUGGGGUGAUGUCCAUAUCCUGAAAUUGAGGACACCUUCCAAGAGAGGAUUGUUAUCCACAAAAUGCAACAAAUAGGCAACGGAAAGCCUUCUGCUGAGAACACUCUCUCCUCUAUUAUUCAGCAAACAGAUUCUUGGAUCCUGGUUUUGUUUACCUUGUUAAGCCCACUUGAAUAUGAGGGAACGUACCCAAGAAACCCAGCUGUUUGUGCCGUUUGACUUUGUGCCUUUGUUUACUUGCUCUGCGCUUAUCUGCCCAUUUGAGUGAUGAGAGACCCGACUAGGCAUGUGAAGAAAUGUGGUACAUUUCUGAAAACCUUUCUCCAUCGACUGAUAAAAGCCUGCACCAUUCAAGGCAAAACACGGCAUCUCAGAACUCGGAUACUCAUGGGAUACUCAGUAUGUGCUUUGGUUUAAUACACACACACAAAUGACGCACUGAUCUGUAUCUCCAGAUGGAUCCAAGCAGAGGGGGAAAAGGGGAGAAAACAGGCGCCUAUGAUAAAACUUUAAAAGUGCAAAACAUAUUGCAGUUUGCAAGGCUAACAUGAAGUCUUGGAUAGAAAAAUAAAUAAAAGCAUAUUUGUAUAUACUUCAAAUCCAAAUAUUAUAUACCAUUUUGCAUGACUAUGCAAUUAUGGAGGCUGUCGUCUGGUGAGGCACCAGCACGCUUUGGCAGAGAAGGCUAAGGACUUUGCAAAACUACAAAUCCCAUGAUCCCAUAGCAUUGAGGCCUGGUAGUUAAAACAAUGCCUAAUGGCAUGAGAUACAGUAGAGUCUCACUUAUCCAACAUAAACGGGCCGGCAGAAUGUUGGAUAAGCGAAUAUGUUGGAUAAUAAGGAAGCAUUAAGGAAAAGCCUAUUAACCAUCAAAUUAGGUUAUGAUUUUACAAAUGAAGCACCAAAACAUAAUGUUAGACAACAAAUUUGGCAGAAAAAGUAGUUCAAUACGCAGUAAUGCUAUGUAGUAAUUACUGUAUUUAUGAAUUUAGCACCAAAAUAUCAUGAUAUAUUGAAAACAUUGACUACAAAAAUGCGUUGGAUAAUCCAGAACGUUGGAUAAGCGAGUGUUGGAUAAGUGAGACUCUACUGUAUAUGGUGCAGAUUGUGUCCAUGCUGAAUCAUUAUAAAAACCCAACACCACUUUGGGUUGCUGUGAGUUUUCCGGGCUGUAUGACCAUGUUCCAUAAGCAUUCUCUCCUGACAUUUCACCCACAUCUGUAGCAGGCAUCCUCAGAAGUUGUGAAGUCUAUUAGAAAUUAGGCAAAUAAGGUUUAUAUAUUUGUGGAAAGUCGGGGUGGGAGAAAGAACUCUUGUCUGUUUGAAGGCAAGUGUGAACGUUGCAAUUGGCCAGCUUGAUUAGCAUGGAAAAGCCUUGCAGCUUCUAAGUCAGGCUGCUUCCUGUCUGGGAGAAUCCUUUGUUGGGAGGUGUUAGCUGGCUCUGAUUGUUUCUUGUUUGUUUGCUUAUUGCUAAAAUGGAGCUUGGAAAAAUUACUUUUGGGGGCUACAGUUCCUAACUCACUAACUAGAAAGGAGAUUCCACCUGAAUAGCCUUGCAGCUUUAAAGCCUGGCUGCUUUGACAACACAACACCACUUUGAUUGUCUAUGGUCCCACACUAUGGAAGCCUGGGAUCUGUAGUUUUGUGAGGGACUCAAAGUUGUCUGCUAGAGAGAUAUAGCCCAUUGGCUAAAACUACGGCAUGACAGCUCUCUGGUAGAGAAUUCAAAAUACCCCAUUGAAUUAGGAUUCUAUAGCAGAAGAACAAAACAUCUAUAUUCCUUAAAAUUGUGGGUGCAACAAGCCACCUUUACCUACAUUUUUAUAUUAUUAUUAGGCACAACACUUCCAUAUUUUUAUCAAUGUUGCCCUCCCUUUCGACCCUUCUUUUGUUUUGAAAUAACAAAACAAAACAAAAAAACAAAGAAAAUAGCAAAACAGCAUUGAAGUCAUGCAAAAUAAGACCAUGAACCACUGUGGGUAGUCUACCGACUGAUGUGUGAUCGAGGUGACCACCCUCCCCCCCAGGACUUUGUAAAAGAUAGUUCAAAAAUCAAGACUUUAUGUUCUAUAUUCCAUAUAUUUAUAGUAGAAGGUGAUUGAGACUUUUUACUGGAGUUUACUGUGGUUUACUAAAACUCUGCACUCUGAGGCAAGAGAUAACAACUUCAUGAAUUGUAAAAUCAUGCUGCUAAAACUCCACUUUUAUGAAUUUCCAUGCUGGGUUCUCCAGAUGUUAUGAACUUCGUUCUUAUCAAAUAUUUUCAAUUGUUUAUAUCAUUCAUGAUUCCCCUUUAUGCAAUGUAACUCACUUUUAUGGAUUCUCCCUUAUUUCCAUGAAAUCUAUCUAUCUGCCUAUAUGUAUUUGUACUCUUUGGGAUCCCCGGAAAAUAUGUAUUUUUCCCAGCAUGGUUUAUAUUCCAACUUUAUUUUAUUUUUCAUUUUAUUUCAUAUAAUUGUCAAAUCAUGAAAUCAAAUAGGAAAUAUUUUGAACUCAACCUGAACCCCAGAACUUAUCCCAUUUCCUAUGAUCCAGGCUUCCUUUCCCAAAAACAAAAGGAUAAUCUGCCACCGCUAAAUCCAAUCAAAUUCAAAUUGCAUGGACAAUAUAGGGCUUGAGUCGCCGAAUUCGGAGUUUGCUGACCUAAAGGUGAUUCGCCCCAAGGCAAACAUUGUCAUAUCUCACCCAAAGGAAAAACCAGGACACCUCAGGAAGGCGCCCUGCAGAGCCUGUCAAUAUGGCUCAUCACCACCCAUCUUUGCUUCCAUCUCUGACACCCCAAGGCAUAUCUAAAAUCUGUAUACGUGACAGAAACCCGGACACCCUUGAUUGCUGCCAUUAAUAAAUUAAGCACCCUUUAGAAAUCGGUCUAGCAGGACUUAAUCCGCUAGUUCCUGUCCCGUCACCUCAUUGUUUCGAUAACUCCCGCCUUCUCUUUCCUGAUUGGCCUGAGUAGAGACAAAAGGCAGCUUCCUAUUGGGCCAACGGAGCAAGGCGGGAAACGAAAGCCCGCCUCGUUCAACCUUCUAGCCUAUCAAUGAUCAGAUGGGCGGGGAAGCAGGGCGGGAAAUUCAAAGGGUUGUCAGACUGAAAUUUUGUAUAAGUAUGGCUUUAUUUUGAUUGUAUGGUACCCUAGUAGACCGAAUGAUCGCUACUAGAGUCCUCUUCAGCUGAAUUGCUCAAUAAAGACUCCUUGGCGGAUUUUCCUUCAA